UAAAAGACUCGGAAGUAUAAGUAAACAUUAGUUUUAGUAGUUUUUAUUGAUAGAACUGUAAUUUAUUUGUAUAUAUUUAUUUAUAGCCUUCUGUGAAGUUUUGGACCUGUUAUCACCGGGUGCUGCAGAUGUUGAAUCGAUAUCAGUUUGUCCGGACUUUAACGGUGUUGCAACAAAUUGUUUGAAUCCACAUCGAUCCUCGUCAUUAUCGUCAUCGGUGCUGUUUUCGUCGUCUAUGAGAGCUGAUAUGAACCAAAACCCAGUAGGAGGUGAUUCUUCUUAUGGUCUACAAGUGCCACAAACGUCAUCCGGUAAACGGUAUAAUGAGGAGCAAAUACCGUCAACGUCGGCUGUACAACAGCAAAAACAACAGCAACAGCAACAGCAUCAGCUUCAACGUCAGCAACAGUCAGAUUAUGAUACAGAAAUGAAACCAGUGCAGAUGGGAUGUCAACGUGGAUCAGAUUCUUCAUGGCAAAUGCACAGUAUUAAAACGGAUGGGAGUCGUGUUGCCUUGAACGCUGCUGUUGAUAAUGAUCAAGAUGUUCGAAUGGAAGAUGUCUCAUUGAGGCUUGUCGCCGCUAGUGAGCAUAAAGAAAACAUAAAUGCAUUCCAGCAAUGCUCUUACAUCUUUGCUCUCAUUGAUAUACGUCGUUGUUGUCGCUGCAUUGAUGAGGCGGACUACUUGAAUUUAAAUUUUAAAGCAGCUAAGCACUACUCAAACGUCCCGCAAACGUAUUUUAAACACUUGUUUCAGUCGACUUAUCGAUAUUACUCAUUUUAUUUGGCGAGCGGUGGUCGGGUACACUGA